CUAGACCAGACAGGCCACAUCCCACUAGACCAGACAGGCCACAUCCCACUAGACCAGACAGGCCACAUCCCACUAGACCAGACAGGCCACAUCCCACUAGACCAGACAGGCCACAUCCCACAGGGACAUUUAAAAGUGAUAAUCAAAAGUUUGAGGAUUGUCAGAAAUGAUUUUAAACAUUGUGUUUGGGUGGAGUUUUUCAAAGGAUUCUCCUGUGCGUUGGAAAAAUGAGGUAGGUAGGAUUGAUGGAACAGGAUUAGACUUAAUCUGUCUAGGAAACGCUGUAACAAUCAUUUUAGUCAGGUUGAUGAGUCUGUUUAUAACGACCAGCUAGUCAGGGUGGUGAUGAUAUCUGUUUAUAACGACCAGCUAGUCAGGGUGAUGAUGAUGUCUGUUUAUAACACCCAGCUAGUCAGGGUGAUGAUGAUGUCUGUUUAUAACACCCAGCUAGUCAGGGUGAUGAUGAUGUCUGUUUAUAACACCCAGCUAGUCAGGGUGAUGAUGAUAUCUGUUUAUAACACCCAGCUAGUCAGGGUGAUGAUGAUGUCUGUUUAUAACAACCAGCUAGUCAGGGUGAUGAUGAUGUCUGUUUAUAACACCCAGCUAGUCAGGGUGAUGAUGAUGUCUGUUUAUAACACCCAGCUAGUCAGGGUGAUGAUGAUGUCUGUUUAUAACACCCAGCUAGUCAGGGUGAUGAUGUCUGUUUAUAACAACCAGCUAGUCAGGGUGGUGAUGAUGUCUGUUUAUAACACCCAGCUAGUCAGGGUGAUGAUGAUGUCUGUUUAUAACACCCAGCUAGUCAGGGUGGUGAUGAUGUCUGUUUAUAACACCCAGCUAGUCAGGGUGAUGAUGAUGUCUGUUUAUAACACCCAGCUAGUCAGGGUGGUGAUGAUGUCUGUUUAUAACAACCAGCUAGUCAGGGUGGUGAUGAUGUCUGUUUACAACACCCAGCUAGUCAGGGUGAUGAUGAUGUCUGUUUAUAACACCCAGCUAGUCAGGGUGGUGAUGAUGUCUGUUUAUAACACCCAGCUAGUCAGGGUGGUGAUGAUGUCUGUUUAUAACACCCAGCUAGUCAGGGUGGUGAUGAUGUCUGUUUAUAACACCCAGCUAGUCAGGGUGAUGAUGUCUGUUUAUAACAACCAGCUAGUCAGGGUGGUGAUGAUGUCUGUUUAUAACACCCAGCUAGUCAGGGUGGUGAUGAUGUCUGUUUAUAACACCCAGCUAGUCAGGGUGGUGAUGAUAUCUGUUUAUAACACCCAGCAGGUUCAGCUAGUCAGGGUGGUGAUGAUGUCUGUUUAUAACAACCAGCUAGUCAGGGUGAUGAUGAUGUCUGUUUAUAACACCCAGCUAGUCAGGGUGGUGAUGAUGUCUGUUUAUAACACCCAGCUAGUCAGGGUGGUGAUGAUAUCUGUUUAUAACACCCAGCAGGUUCAGCUAGUCAGGGUGGUGAUGAUGUCUGUUUAUAACACCCAGCUAGUCAGGGUGGUGAUGAUAUCUGUUUAUAACACCCAGCAGGUUCAGCUAGUCAGGGUGGUGAUGAUGUCUGUUUAUAACACCCAGCUAGUCAGGGUGGUGAUGAUGUCUGUUUAUAACACCCUGUUAGUCAGGGUGAUGAUGAGUUUGCCAGGGUAGAGGAAGCAUCUCUGCUGUGCAGGAAGU